AUGCGGUCCUUCCUUUCCAUUUCGCUGCUUUCCACAGCGGCACUGGCUACUUGCCAGAAUGCUCAGCGUGCCGAGAACUCGAGCGCCACCACAACUACAUCAGGCGAUCUCCCUACUGUCACUUUAGAUUAUAGUACCAUCCAAGCUGUUGGAGGUAACACCACUGUCGGCUACUACAAAUAUCAGAAUAUCCGCUUCGCUGCGGUGCCUACCGGUGAUCUUCGUUGGGCCGCCCCCCAAUGGCCUCCCCAGGAGACCGAGGUCAACACCGGCAACCUUGCUGAUGCCAGUGUCGCAUGCUCGUCGUCCGAGGACUGCCUGUACUUGGAUGUCUGGGCGCCUGCCGACGCUGUUGGCCGCGACUUGCCUGUCGUUGUUUGGACUUACGGUGGCGGCUUCACCGGUGGUUCCAAGGCCGAAAACACCCCCGAAGGUCUUUUCGAUCUCAGCACCGACUUCAUUUUCGUGUCAUACAACUACCGACUGGGUUUGACUGGUCUUGCCAACGGCCCUAGCUUCAACCAUCAGGGUGGCAUUGCCAACACCGCCAUUUAUGAUGUUACUCAUGCUUUUGAGUGGGUCAGGAAAUACAUCAGCAACUUCGGCGGAAACCCCGAGGAUGUCACCGCCGUAGGUUUCUCCGCCGGUGGCUCCCAGGUCCUUUUCCAGAUGACCCGUUUCGCCGGCCGCGCGGAGCAGCUCUUCCAGAAGGCCUAUGUCAUGUCGCCCGGUUUCGUCCCUGGUGCCGGCCACCAACAUGCAGAGGCCUUUUGGCAAAACGUUUCUUCUUCCGUCGGCUGCGAUGGUGGUGAUUUGACUUGCAUGCGCGCCGUCGAUUUCGACACGCUGACCGAUGCCGCUAGCACCGUUACAAGUGACUACACUUACCAGUUCCAGCCCCGCGUCGAUGGUCUGAUCAUCGCCGACACCUACGAGGCACAGUUCUACCAGAAGCGCUUCAACUUCUCCGGCCCCGUCGUCAUCUCGCACGAGCAGCACGAGGCUAACUCUCAGGCCUACUCUGGCGUCGACACCCAGGAUGAUGUCGCCACCGAGCUCCGCGUCUUCUUCCCUGCCAUCGAGGAUUCUGUCGUGGACCAGAUCCUGGCCUACUACCCCGAGGAGGAUUAUACGAGCGCCGGUCUCCGCUUCGCCGACAUGAAGCAGCACCUCGACUUGACGGCACACAACCUCGCCCUCACCAACGCCCUUAACAACCAAACCUGGAACGCCAUGGUCGCCCUUGACCAAGCUACGCACGGCACUGACCAGAGCUACUACUGGUACUCCACAUACACCCUUGAUACCUCUUCCACCUCGGACGAGACCACGACCACUUCAUCCGCCGCCGCGGCUGCAACUAGCACCGCCUCCACCGGCAACUCCACCACGGGCGGUCCCGGAGGUUCCGGAGGCGGCUUUGGAGGCAGCAGCAGCGUCGACGCGACCGUCGCCGUCACCAUGCAAAAGUACCUGCUCUCGUUCAUCCUGAACGGCAACCCGAACACGCAGUGGGCCGAUGACAAGCUGUUCUGGCCUCUGUACAACGAGAGCACGGCCGGCACGGAGAUCGUCUUCAACACCAGCAUGUACCUCCAGGACGACGACCUCGCCCUGGAGAAGGUGGUUUACUGGAACAAGGCUCUGUGGUACUAG